AAAAAAUUAAAUAUUUUUUUACGCAGAUGAAAUUGUUGGAAAAGAAUUUGCUCCUUUAUACUAAUAAUAAAUAUAUAAACAAACAUUGUGACGUGUGUCCUAGGGUUUUUUCUUUGAAGAACUCAAGCAGCGGCCACUUAAGACUCACGAAAAUGCCGUCGCACAAGACAUUCAGAAUCAAGAAGAAGCUCGCCAAGAAGAUGAGGCAGAACAGGCCGAUUCCGAACUGGAUCCGCAUGCGCACCGACAACACUAUCAGGUACAAUGCGAAGCGCAGGCACUGGCGUCGCACAAAGCUUGGAUUCUGAGGUGUAGUGCAAAGCUUGGCUUCGGCGGUGCUUGACUGGCUUACUGAAUCAAUAUAAAGAUUUUUCCCUUUUUUUUUUUUUCUGUGACAUCUGAAUGGAGCUUAGGGUUUUGUAUAAGAAUGCCUCCAUCCACUUGUAAGAGAACUCAUGGGAGUAAUUUGAACCAUAUUUACUGUUUUAUCACAUUUAUUAGCUGAGGAAAAUUGAAAGUUCUAUUUAUCUGAGUGAUGUAUCUAUUCUGUGUUUUCAAAUUUCAGUAGUAUUUUGGUAAUGAUGAUUGUCAGUUCUGUGUUGAAUGAAGCUAAUUCUCUUUC